AAAAUAAAAGAUAUCAUUAAUAACAUAUAAAUUGAACUGUACCGUUUAGGAAGUUUCGUGGAAGCUGCCAUGGAGCAACUGACUUCCCCACGAUUUAAGUUGCUGCAUCCCCUCUCUUUCUACUCAAUCUUCUCCCUCUACCAACCAAUUUUCUGUGCCCCACAGCGAUGAAGCUAAUCACCAAACUCAGCCCCAAGCGCUUCUUCCGCUCCAAGAAGAAGGAUCGUGUUUCCAGAUCCGAUCCGUCCUUGUUCAGUUACGGCACCUCCUCGUCCUCCUCUUCCGAUACCUCCUCUUCCAACCACAAGCGCCGCUUUGCAGCCACCGCGGUCGAUUUCGGGACCCCUACCAGCGUCUUGCCUGGUGAUUGGUCUGACGAUAUCUCCCCCGAUGCGUAUUCCGAGCUCGUGCAGGCGUUUAAGACUAUUGACAGAGACAGCGAUGGCGUGGUCUCGAGAAGCCAGCUUGAGACGCUGCUCAGUCGAGUAGGGGCGGAGCCGCCGAGUCAGGAGGAGGUUUCCAUGAUGCUGAGCGAGGUGGACGAGGACGGCGACGGGUCUAUAAAUCUGGACGUGCUCAUGAACCGGGUGGCCGGUUCGGUUUGCGAACCAGCUGGCGAACCAGAGCUGAGAGAGACCUUCGAUUUCUUUGACACCGAUCACGACGGGAAGAUCACCGCGGAGGAACUCCUCGCGGUUUUCACUGCGAUUGGCGACGAUCAGUGCACUUUAGAGGACUGCCGGCGCAUGAUAGCAGGUGUAGAUAAGAACGGGGACGGGUUUGUCUGCUUCGAGGACUUCAGUAGAAUGAUGGAGUUGCAGCGAUAAUAAAUCAUGAUUAUGAUGCUAAGUGAGUUAAUAAUCAUGUAUGGUUUGCUCUUGAUCAUUUUUUUUCGGAGUUUAUUUUCGGAUAUGUUUUUUCCUUCUUUUUUUUUUUUUUUUGUAAUUUUCUUUUUUAGGUUUGGACUUGGUACUUAGAUUUGAGAUUAUUUUGUGAGAAAAUGUGUUUAUAAGGGUUGCUGAUUACUUAGCUAAGAAUGGAACUAAUUUACAUCCUGCUGUUAUUAUGUAUGUUUCUCUUAUUUGCUGUACUGUGAUGUUAUUUUGGGAAUGUUCUUCACAGGACAGUUGUAACUGUUUAAUUCCUAAUGUUAUUCUCUUAUUUACCAAAAAAAAAAUGUUGGAGCCUAAUUGGAUUUAUAAAUUCUUAGAUUUAGA